UUUGAGUACAUGGAGCUGGAUCGGCGACUCUUGCUGGCUCACUGCGCCGCCCACACCCUGUCCGUUAUCGCUGGGCUAUUGGUGGUCGUGCCGCUCGCCCUCAACGGAUCCGCUUUCAAGGGGAGGUGCGCGCUGUUUAGUCAAGGCUUCUGGAGGACGGAGAACCUCACGGUGGGCGAAGGAGAGUCCAAAGCGGUCACUCAUCUGGUGGUGCAACAAUGGGGUCCACUGGCCGCCUGCCAGUUCGCCACAUUUGUCGGUGUGUUUACGGUGCUGUACGGCGCAGUUCAGGGCUGGAGGAGCCUGUUCUACCUCUCUCGACGGCACGACGACACGCUGUUUUCUGCCUUCCUCACACUGCUGCUGAGUCUAUGUGUGCUGUUCCUCUCCGGUGGGGCCAGUGUCACCCUCACCCUGGGUCUGGUGUCCUGGUGCAACACUGUUACAGAUCAUAACACCAGACCCUACAGUUGUGCUGAGUCACAGUCUGUUCCUCUAUAUCUGGACGUUGAGACAUCUUCGUUCUACUCUGAGCUCAAUUGUGCGCAGAUCUCUCUGUGGUGUGUAACAACUCUAUGGUUGGCUCACUCUAUUUUGUCCUUCAUGAGGCUCUACCAUUCCCACAGUCAGCAGAUCAGCAGACCCUGUUUAUCCAGGGAGAAGGAACUCCUCCUGGGGCAAACCCAAGCAGUGUCUUGUCCCAUUCAUCAUCCACAUCCACACUCGCACCCUUCACACACUCCCAGUGUUUUUAUUUAGUCAUACAGUAUUCAUAGAAGUUGCACUUUGAGGUUGAUCUAAGGUCAGUUUUAUUGAUUGGAAAGAACGAACAAGAAGAUUGGUCCAAGAUUAGCGUAGAAGG